UAAUAAACAUGGCAGCCGCCAGACGUAUCGGCGUGGAAGUCCCUACGGAAACCACGAACGACGCGUGGCCGAAAUGGAAAAUCGGCCUGGCUGUGGGUGCCCCUAUCGCAGUAGUCCUAGGUGGACUGUGGUAUGUCAGGAAACGCAGACAAAACCAGACCCAAAAGAAGAGAGACGAAAACAAAAGUAAAACCGAGACUACGAAAGCGAAAGCAGCAAAUCCAGCUUCACAAGGCAGUGAAAAGCCUGAAAAGGAGUUGACUCCCAGUGAACAGGCACAGGCAGAAAAAAACAAGGGAAAUAAAUACUUCAAGGGAGGGAAAUAUGACCAGGCCAUUAACUGUUACACCAACGCCAUCAAAAUGUGUCCCCCGGGCGACAAAGAGGCUCUGUCCACGUUUUAUCACAACAGAGCAGCUGCUUACGAAAAACUGAAAAAUACCAAGAUGGUGAUAGAUGACUGUAACGAGGCAUUACGUUUGAAUCCUAAAUACCAGAAGGCUCUGUCACGCAGGGCUUUAGCAUGUGAACAAAGUGGGGACCUAACUCAAGCUUUGGAAGAUGUGACUGCAGUGUGUAUCUUGGAGGGGUUCCAGAACCCCCAGUCUCUGAUGACUGCUGACCGAGUCCUAAAAACUCUUGGACAAACCAAGGCCAAGGAGGCAUUCAAGAAGAAGAAGCCAAUGAUUCCAUCCAGGCAGUUUAUCCGUACUUACUUAAGGUCAUUCCAAAAUGACCCGGUCAUAAAUGCGGCCAAAGCCCUACAGACGCAGCAGAACGGACACUCAGAGGACGACAGUCCCUACCAGGGGGCGCUGCAUAAGCUGGCCGCGGAGGAAUACGAGGGGAUCAUCGACUGCUGCUCCAAGGAAAUCGCAGCCAACACAGACAAAAUGGUGGAGGCGAGGCUCCUAAGGGGAACCAUGUAUUUCCUGUGUAAUCAACAAAAAGAGGCCCUAGAGGACUUCAACCAAGUGUUAGCUGCUGAAACACUAGACAAAAGGGUGAAGGUUAACGCCUUGAUCAAGAGGGGAACUCUGUACAUACAGCAGGAGAAACACACGGAGGGACUGGACGACUUCGCGACGGCCGUCAGAAUUGACCCCGAUAACGUAGAUGUCUACCAUCACCGGGGACAUCACAACAUUCAGUUAGACAGAAUGGAGGAUGCCAUCCGAGAUCUGGAGAAUGCUAUCAGUAAAAGUACAACCUUCGCCCCCUCCCAUGUACAAAAGUCAUUUGCUGGUAAGAUUACAAUAAUCCCCCCUCCCACGUCCAAAAGUCAUUUGCUGUUUGCAAAAUCUCUGGAGCUGGAACCAGAUAAUGCUACAGCGGUCGUACAUAGAGGAUUAUUACAGUUACAAUGGAAACAAAACAUACAGGAAGCCACCUCUAUAAUCAAUAAAGCCAUUGAGCUGGAUCCCAAAUGUGAAUAUGCAUAUGAAGUGUUAGGGACUCUGGAGGUCCAAAAGGGACCUGGUAGUAUGGAGAAAGCCAUUGAGUUGUUUCAGAAAGCAAUAUCUUUGUCCAAGACAGAAUCCGAAAUGGCACAUCUCUUCUCCCUUUCUGAUGCCGCUAAAGCACAGUUAAAUGUCGCAAAGAAACUCGGCAUUAAUUUACCAAGUCUGUCCGGCAUGAACAGCUGAGUGAUUCGUUAGACUGGGACUGAGUGAUCUCCCCUUAGACUGGGAUUGUAACCAUAACAAUACUGUGAUCUUAACUUUCUAACUACUGUAUGAAGACAGUGUGGAGUGAGUCAGUAGGGGAAAAUUACUGUCAGGUUAUUACUGGAGAAGACACAGGACAAUUAGCUUGUUUGCAGUCCAGGUUCUUUAUUGUACAAUUAUGUUAAUCAAAGUGAUUAAACAUUUGUUCCAUUCCAAUUUAGCUUACAUUAUCAGGGUCUUGUUUAGCAAGUGCUUUUUCAAAUUCAUCAUUUCAUCAACAUUUGUGAGGUUUUUUUUGGUAGAGACUAAGCACAGUUUUAUAUUUAAGAAGUUUGAUACAGUAGAAUUAAUAAAUGUCAUAGCAACACA